AUGACAGAACAAUCCAGUAGAAAGAAGACGGCAACUGGAGAUAAAGAUCUGGAAAGCACCUCAGUUAAGAAUAUGUUAAUUUCAGGAAAUCAAGGAGAAUCAACAAAAGCUCCCGGAUCAAAUCAAAACAACCAAGGUAUUAUCAAUAAUACUGGUUUGUCAAGCCAAGGUGAUUUGGGAACUUACAAGAAUCCUGGUAUAAAUGUUCUUCAAGGAGUCUCGGCAUACGCUAAGGAGAAUCCAUUGAUUGAGAAUCAAGAAGCAAAUAAAGAUAUUGGAAGUAGUAAGAAAAAUUAUCAAAACAAAAAUCAAAUCCUGAUCACAGAAGACUUGGUUGAAGAUAAUGAUUCACAAAAGUCAAUCAAACGGAUAGAUUCAAACUUGUUAGACGUAAACGAUGUGUUCAAACAAAUCCCAGUGAUGAAGGGAACUCCUAAAAAGUCAAAAUCACAAGUUAAAUUCAUAGAACAAAGCAAUAGUGAUACUCAAAUAAUAAAUGUGGUAUAUUUAGACACGUUGAGAAACGAACCACCAGCAUUAGAAAAAGAUGUGGUGGUAAUUGACGGUAAUGGAAAAUUUGACAAAAGCGUAAAUUUAACCAAUAAGAAUGAUGUUUUUAAGAAAGUGAUGGAGUUAACAAUGAAAGCAGAUGGAUACAGAGUGUCAAAAUAUUCAAAAAUAUAUGAGGCUUCAGGCAAAAAUCAUGAUGGUAAAGUUAGAGCAGAUGGAGAAGUUUUUGACAAUAUAAUGUGGUUUUUUUCUGGAAGAACUUCUAAUUAUAAGAACCAUAGCUAUACACCUUACUUUGACAGAAAUAUUAAAGAAUUAAGAUAUCCAAUCGCACUGACUAUUUUUGAUAAUGAAUGGCAAAGUAAAGCUAUGGGUUAUCAUGCAAGAAAGAAGGUGAAAUCAACAGAAGGAGAUUCAAAGAAUGAAAAUUAUACUGGAUUACCAUAUGCAGAUGAGUGGCUUUUAGAUUAUGGCAAAUGGUCAAUUCAUUACAAUGGAUAUAUCAAUGCUUUAAUGAAUGCAAGAUUUGUGAAAUUUGUAGAGUGGUCAUUAGCACAUAAAGCAAAUGUUGAAAAAGUGAUGAGUAUGAUGGGAUGGUUAGCUUCGUAA